AUGGCUAUUCCUGGUCAAAGAUUCGAGCUGGACCUCGAUGCUGCUAACUUCACGUUCAAUUCCAUUCCAGAUGAUGUUUCUCAAGAACAUGUGCUCGAUUUCAGCAUCAAAGACAUCCAAGAACACGACACAGACGCUCCUCCAACAGCCCCUUCCCUGAAAUCCUCCAAAUCGGGAUUCCCUCAGCACAAGCAACGUGCCAAAGUAUCCGCGUUCAAGCAAAGAAACCAGUCCUUCCGCCCCUCAAUACCUCCCAAAGUUGAGCCCUCAGAUCAAGCAAUCAAACACCAUGUGGGCAGGAAAUACGGAGUUGACAUGGACGCACAGCAGAAGGCCGAGAUCAGUGAAGAGAACAGGAGAAGAGUUGCUGAGAUGUCAAUAGAGGAUAUCGCAGAGGCAAGGGCUGAAUUGACCAGGAGCCUGAACCCUGCCUUUUUGGAGAGACUGCUGAAGCGGGCAAACAUCGAGGAGGACCAGCUGCAACAAGCACAAUGGCCUGAGGCCGAUGUACAGGAUUUGGAUGCUCAGUUUGCUCUCGAGCAUGAUGUCAAAUCUAUAUCAGACACAAGUGAACAGACCGCCACCCCACCACAGUCUAGCGAAACCCAACCAGCACCCUCCGUCCACUUUCCCGUUCCUCCUCGUUCCGCAGAAGCCUACAAACCAUUGAAUCCUGACGACCCGUCCUUCCUGGCUGACCUGAAAACGCACUACUUCCCUGACACACCCCACGACCCUACCGCUCUCUCCUGGUUGCAAGAUCCCACUGAAGAAGAGACCGCAGCUUCGUUAUAUAACCCCACUAAAGACUCUUUCCUCGCCUCGUCUUUGCGUUUUGGGUUCAAUGGGGCCUUGAUUCCCCCGCAACGCAGCCUCGAGAUUGAUGUGAAGGAAGGAUUGCACCACCAUGGCGAUGAUCCCAGCAGUGCGGGAUAUACGAUUCCUGAACUGUCGAUGCUCGCACGUUCGACACUGCCCAAUCAAAGAUGUAUGGCGUACCAAAUUCUAGGACGGAUCCUUUAUCGACUUGGGCGCGGAGACUUCGGACCCCGCGGAAGUGAGCUUCAAGAGGCCAUCUGGUCCGUCGUUGAGAAAGAGAGACCCAUCGAAGUCAUGAUGAGUGAAGCGAACCGUCAUUCCGGACACGCUAGUGCCAAAGCACACGCUGUUGAAGCCCUCUGGCUCUGGAGGAAAGGAGGUGGUGGUGACAGGGGCAUUUUGAAGCCGGGACAAAAACUGGCAAAGUAA